CCUGUAGAAUUUAUUAGGGUUUCUUCUUUCUCUUCCUUCUUUUUUUCCGUGUUGUUUUAAAAAGCUCAUGGCAUACUUAGAAAUGUAUAAUGAUUCCGAGAACAAAAGUCAUCAUCAUCAUCACCACUGUGCCCCAAUGAGCCCAAGAAUCUCUUUUUCUAACGACUUUGUCGACACUCAGCAGAGUAUGCAACAGGAGAGGAUCUCCAGUGAGGCUCCGGCGUCGUCGGACUUCGAAUUCUCGGUGUCGAACUACUCCAUGAUGACUGCCGAUGAGCUUUUCUUUAAGGGCAAGCUUUUGCCAUUUAAGGAUAACGGUGGGAACCAAAUGCAAAGGACUUUGAGAGAAGAGCUUCUUGUUGGGGACGAUGAUGAUAAUGUGACGCUAAGGCCUCCAAAGGGUUCCAUUUCCACUAGGUGGAAGGGGUUUCUGAGUCUCAAGAGAAACCACAUUGGUUCCAGAAAAGCUGACAAGAGUGAAGGGAUUUCUAGCAGUAAAAGGUAUGGUUUUGUUCAGCAGGAAACCCAUGUUACCAAGACUUCACAGGACAUUUUGGGCGAAGCAGGGUCAAGUUCAAGUUGCAGGGAUGCGGAUAGUCACAGUUUUGGAAGUGCAUUUUAUCUCCAAGGAGAUGGGUAUCUGGCUGUUUGUUUGUACAAAAUGUUUGCAGUUCAAGAACUUUUUUCUAAUGUUGUUGAGCAAUGGAUGUUAGAAACUCUUUGGUCGUUUAAUUUGUUUAUAUUUGAUUCUAGUGUACUUUUCAUUGAUGCUUGA